CGCGCGUGUCUGAGCGCGUCUCUGCGUCCGUCCAUCCGGAGGCUCGUGGGCAGGGGAAGCACAGGCGGGCGGGGCCGGGCGGGCCCGGAGUGGGAAGGAGGAGGAGCGGGUCCCGAGCCGAGCCCGGGCGGCUAAAGCGGCUGCCGCCCCGCCCCCCUUUCCCCUAACCCUCCUCCCCCCCGCCCCCCACCUUCAAGCUUCGAGUCUCGGCGGGGGAGGCGAGGAGGCGCGAGGAGAGGGGAGAGGGGAGAGCGGAGAGCGGAGAGCGGAGAGGGGAGAGAGAGGAGAGAGAGGAGGAAGAGAAAGAGGAUCAGGCAGCCCAGGACCCAGACCCAGACCCAGUUCCAGCAGCGGCAGCAGCAGUAGCAGUAGCGCUAGCGCGUGGAAGGCUGGGCAGGGGCUGGGGACCCUAGUAUGCGCGGAUCCCGCCGUUCUGGUCCCCGACUCAAGUCCCGCGCCCGAGGAGAUUCGGGGUAGAGACCUGAGGCGGCAACGACGACGACGGUGGCGGUAGCGGCCGCAAUGAUUAUGUGGGCGGCCCUGGGCCUCCUGUGCCUGCCGCUGGCUCUGGGGCAGAGCAUACCUGAGCCAGGCCCUGCUACCCCAUCCUCAGCUGCUCAUGGUGACCUCCUCUUUUUGCUGGAUAGCUCAGCUAGUGUGUCCUACUACGAAUUCUCCCGGGUGAAGGAGUUUGUGGGGCAGCUGGUACAACCGCUGCCCUUGGGCCCAGGGUCUGUGCAGACCAGCAUGGUACACGUGGGCAGUGAGCCCACUGUUGAGUUCCCCUUUGACCGGCACCACUCAGGAGCUGCUGCACAGGAGGCCAUCCAGGCAGCCAAGCAGCUGAUGGGGGACACCAACACAGGCCUGGCCUUGGCUCUGGCCAAGAAGCAGCUGUUCACCACCGAGGCAGGUGCUCGGUCUGGCGUGCGCAAGGUACUAGUGUGGGUGACCGACGGCGACUCAAGCGACGAUGUGCAGGCUCCCAUGCAGGUGCUCAAGGACCUGGGGGUGACCGUCUUCAUCGUCAGCACGGGUCGGGGCAACUUCCUGGACCUUUCUGCUGCUGCCUCCCAGCCCCCCGAGAAACACUUGCGCUUCGUGGAUGUGGAUGACCUUCAGAUUAUCAUCCCCGAGCUGCGGGGCGCCAUUCUUGAGGCAAUGCGGCCCCAGCAGCUCCACGCCACUGAUGUCACGUCCCAGAGCUUCCGCCUGGUAUGGCCACCCCUGCUGUCCGGUGACUCUGGCUACUACCUGUUGGAGGUAGCCCCCAGCGCCAACCCAGGAGCCAAGCAGAGCCGCCAAUUGUUUGGGAAUGAGACCAGCUGGGUCUGGGAUGGUCUGGAGCCCGGCACCACCUACAAGGUGGUCUUGGUGCCCGAGUCCAACCUGCAGUACCUGGCCCCACAGACUAUCCAAGUCACUACCUUGGAAGAAGAGGUCAGCCCAGCCCAGAUCCUCAUUUCCCAUUGGAAGCCUCACAGCUUUCAUGUGAGCUGGGGCCCGUCACCCGUGGGUGUGCUCCGGUACCAGGUCCUGUACGGACCCCUGCCUGCGGGUGGUGCCCAACUCCUGGAGGUGCCCGCCACCGAGAACAGCACCACGCUGGACAAUCUGUCACCCAACACCACCUACCUGGUCACUGUGGCUGCCAUCUACCAGUCUGGCCGUGAGAAAGCUCUGUCUGCUAAGGCUUGUACGCAGGAAGUGGCCUCCAAGACUGGGCGCCUCUACUUUCAGAGCCUGGGUCCUAGCACUGUGAAUGCCUCCUGGGACUCAGCGGAAGGCGACGUCCGGGGCUACCGGGUCCGGUGCCGGCGGCAGCUGGGGCCCCCGUCCCUCCUCAGCGUCUCCCCUCAGACCCACAGCGUCAUCCUCACAGGCCUGGCUGCGGGCACCACCAACCACGUGUGUGUGACUCCCAUCUACCCAAGCCACCCUGGGCCCCGGCGCUGCCAGACCGUCCGCAUGCACCCUGUCACGCCAGCCCCUGAGUAUCGGCCCACUUAGCCACACCCCAAGAUGCCCUUAAGUCCCAGAUACCAGAGGAGAGCCGAGCCUUUCCCUGGGAAACAGACCAGAGGGGAAAGCACUGGACCCAAGAGAUUGGCGAGAGAAGAUGAGAUCUCCGUGGCGAAUUGGACCCCGGGAGCCCCACUGGUCCUUUCCUGACCUUUCCUGGGUGCCUCAAUCAAGUGGGCCAGUGGUCAGCUUGGGUGAUCCUCGAGGACUUGGCUCCAAAGCCUGAGGUGCUGGGGGCUCACUCCCUUCUCUCUUGUACUAACAUACACGUCGUGGAUGGCUACCCAAAGCGAAGAGAUGAGGCGGCGAGGAGCUGUUGGCCUGGGCCCUUGGCUUUGUUUUCCUGACCCUGGUUUCCCUGGAAGAGAAGUGGGGGUGGGAAUUGCGACAAGCCUCCCUUGGGGAAGCUGAGCGGGGCUGGCCACAGGUCUAGAAUGUAGGCAGAGAGGGACAGUGGGGUGACCCCUGCCCCUUCCAGCGUGCCCACUCCUAAUCUUAACGGUCAUCCCCUGCCACGAGAUUUCCCCCCACCUCCACCUCCGAGUUAGGACUAUCCAUUCCUCUCCUUGCCAUGUGGCAGAGCCUUUCCCCAAAUGCAGAGUUCCUCUCCAUCUCUAGCACGGGAUCUCCAGGGCACUGAAGCCCAAGUGAGAAUUAUAUCAGACCUCUCUCCAAGAAGAGUGGGCAAGGAGAGGGCACAAGGAUGGGUCCUGCCACAAACCAUGUUUGACGUGGAACAUCUCCCUCUUUUUUUAACCCUGGCCUUCUGUCUUUGUAUCAGUUCUAAGAGAGAAGAGUUUCAAGGGCUAGGCAAUGGGGGUUCAGUGACUGGCCCAGGGUCACCUAGCUAGGAAUUAUCUGAGGUAAGAUUUGAAUGCAGGACUUCCAGACUCCAGGCCAGGCUCUCUAUCCACUGUACUACCUAGCUGCCCUUUUAAAUUUAAAUUUAAAAAAUAAUUCUUCCCUGGGUUGCUGUGGCUAGGUGACAGAGACAGGGUCUGUCAGCAUAUCUGUCCCAGGCUCACCUCUGUGCCAAGCAAGAUGGGGAAAUCUGAUGUUCAGCAUCCAUCACACAGCAGACCCUGGGGAUGCAAAAUGAAGAGAGAAUAAGCCCCUGCCCUCCAGGUUCUUGCAUUCUAUUGGAGCCAUCGAAAGGGUCUACUGGAGGGAUUGGAUUGGGGUUCAAAGCAAAAAUGGGCAGAAGCCACUUUGUCCAAGUGCCCCAGGUGGGGGCAGCUGCGGAGAGGGCUGGAUGUUCAGUAUUCUGCCCUGCCCCUCCGUAUGAGGCGGCCUGGUUUCUCAUGGACUCUCUGACCUUGUUCCAGCUUAGUUUCCCCUUUGUAGUCCAGUAGGAGGGCGGGGUGGCCCAGGGGUGCUUAGAACUCCCCAGCUCAUGCUAAGGAGGGCUCCAAAAGGAGACCUUGUGUUCAAAUCCCAGUCAGUGGGUGUCCUGUUCAUCUACUGAUUCUGGCCCAGGCUGAACUGAACUAACUGAAGGCUUUAUCAUUCCUUGUUUCCCCAUUAAUGUACCAGACUUCCAAAUGACAAUAAAUUAAGCCUAUACACAGAA